UAUAUGAUGAUUGACAUUCUCUUGAGUUCAGAACCCCACAUUUCAUCAAUCCAUCAAAGUAACAAUUUCAUCUUGAGGAUAGAAAAACCCUGAAUCCAAUUCCAUUAUCAUUUUGAAACAAACACAUUGCAAACGAUCUAGGUGUUGAUUCUUAUGUGACUGCAACACAUUUACAAUUUCACAUUUGAAUUUCUUAGAAGAAGAUGAGUCAAACUGGAGGAUCUUCAUCUUCUCAUUCAGUUGCGUUUAGGGUUAUGAGACUUUGCCGUCCAUCCUUCAAUGUCGAUCCUCCCCUUCGUAUCGAUCCCGACGACCUCUUCGUCGGUGAAGACCACUUCGACGAUCCUUCUGCCCCUUCCGCCGCAGACCUCAUCGCCCCCGAUUCCGAUCCCAGUUAUCGUGAACGCUUCCUCCUUCAUCACUUCUCCGAUUCCAUGGGUCUCUCUGGCCUCCUCGUUCUCCCUCAAUCCUUCGGAGCUAUUUACUUGGGAGAGACUUUCUGUAGCUAUAUAAGUAUAAACAAUAGUUCCAACAUUGAAGUCAGAGAAGUUAUUAUCAAGGCUGAAAUACAAACAGAGAGACAGAGAAUACUUCUAUUAGAUACGUCGAAAGCGCCAGUUGAGACUAUACGUGCUGGUGGGCGUUAUGAUUUUAUUGUAGAACAUGAUGUCAAAGAGCUUGGACCUCACACGCUGGUUUGCACUGCAUUGUACAAUGAUGGUGACGGAGAGCGUAAAUAUCUUCCCCAAUUUUUCAAGUUCAUCGUUGCUAAUCCACUUUCUGUCAGGACAAAGGUCCGCGUUAUCAAGGAAACUACCUUUUUGGAGGCUUGUAUUGAAAACCAUACUAAAUCUAACCUUUUCAUGGACCAAGUUGAUUUUGAACCUGCUCAGCAUUAUGGUGCAACAAUACUUAUAGGUGAUGGACACCAUUCUAAGAAAGAUAGUCCUACAAGGGAGACAUUUAAGCCCCCAGUACUAAUAAGAUCUGGUGGAGGAAUUUACAACUAUCUCUAUCAAUUGAAGUCAUCACUGGAUGAUUCUGCUCAAACUAAAGUUGAUGGAAGUAACGUUCUUGGUAAACUCCAAAUAACAUGGCGAACAAAUUUGGGUGAACCUGGUCGCCUGCAGACCCAGCAAAUAUUGGGGACUCCAACAACAAAAAAAGAAAUUGAGUUGCAAGUUGUAGAAGUUCCAUCUAUCAUUAAUCUUCAAAGACCAUUCACGCUAAAACUGAAUCUUACAAACCUGACAGAGAGAGGGGUCGGCCCGUUUGAAGUUAGUGUGUCCCAAAAUGGUUCACCUGGGGAGACAGCUGUUAUGAUUAAUGGUCUUCAAUCAAUGGUUUUAUCACAGGUUGAGGCUUUAGGAUCCACUAAUUUCAGCCUGAAUCUCAUAGCUACUAAACCUGGAAUUCAGAGAAUAACAGGCAUUACAGUGUUCGAUACAAGGGAGAUGAAAUCUUAUGAACCACUUGCUGAUUUAGAGAUUUUUGUGGACAUGGAUUAAAAGUUUGGCAACAACAAACAGUUUGAUCAGAAGCAGUUGACAUCUUUUCAAAAGGUUGAUCUGCUGAACUUCGCAGGUCGUAUUCUGUAUCAUUGAUGCUCCUAAUCAGAUCGACCAAGUCCCUUAUUUAUAUCUUUGAUACUCUAGGCUCUGAUUGUCUUCCAACUCAAGGUCAAUGAAUCCUACAUGAUCACGGAGCCUUAUUGGACUGUCUACAAACAUAUGUAACUUAAUUGGAGUAAGGUUGUUUUUAUUGAAUCAAGGGGCACAGUUGUUUUGAUUACCAUUAAAAAGUAAAAAAAACAAUCUUUUGUUACAGUCUAUCUCCCCAACAGCUAUACAAAGAUUUACAUCAUAAUUUCUCAUCUUGUAAUAAUUUCUCAUUUGUAAUAUGUAAUGCAAGUCCCGUGAAUUUUAACGCUAAAAUUAUCAAUUUAUUAUUGUAUUUUAAGGAAAUAAUGAGGUGUUAUGCCAUUUGUAAACUAUAAUUGACAUAGAUGGGGAA